CCCACCUGUGUCGCUAACAUCUUCAUGACCGAAAGUACAUGCUCUCAUCCCUACGCAAAGGGUCAAUCCGAUUAGGACAGUCCGUCAUGAAGCUCGAUCCCGCCGUGGUCAAACUGCUCUCUCUGGACCCGGAACACACCACCGUUUCCUCAGCCGGUGGAGGGGGUUGUUCGUCGGCGUCUACGUCAAAGAUCACAGAAAAAGGUAGCGAUGGGAAGGAGAGGUGUUUCUUUAUGAAGACGGGUAGUGGGAAGGAGGCAAAGGUUAUGUUUGAAGGCGAACACGCCUCCCUCAACGCAAUCCACACCGCCGUGCCAACCCUGUGUCCCCAAUCCUUCGGCUGGGGUUCCUUCACCUCAUCUGCAGGGACCUCUUUUCUAGUAACAGACUUCCUCACUCUCACAUCCCGCCGCUCAUCCACCUCCAGCACCGCCUCUCUAGCCUCUAAACUCGCAAGUCUCCACACCACCCCUGCGCCCAUCCCGGAUGGCUACGAUAAGCCUCAGUUCGGCUUUCCCGCCACGACUUGCUGCGGCGACACGCCUCAAGACAACUCUUUCAAGAGUUCAUGGGCGGAAUUCUACGCCCAGAACCGGUUGCGCUUCAUCCUACGUCGCGCGGAGGCUGCGAAUGGAAAGGAUGGGGAACUGCACGAUUUAGUGGAGAAAUCAGCUUCGAAGGUGGUCCCGCGGCUGCUCGGAGACGACCAUCUGAAUGGAGGCAAGGGAGUGGUGCCAGUAGUCGUGCAUGGGGAUUUGUGGAGUGGGAAUGCGGGGGUUGGAGUAUUUGGCACGGAUGCAGGGAAGGGAGAGGCAGAAGAGGUAGUCUACGAUUCCAGUGCGUGUUAUGCGCAUAGCGAGUUCGAGCUUGGGAUUAUGAAGAUGUUUGGGGGGUUUGGGGGCAGUUUCUUGAAGGAGUAUCACGGGUUGGUACCAAAGACGGAGCCGGUCGAGGAGUAUGAGGAUCGGGUAGCGUUGUAUGAAUUGUAUCACCACCUUAAUCAUUACGCGCUAUUUGGGGGUGGGUACAGGUCGGGUGCUGUUAGUAUCAUGAAGGGGCUGGUGAGGAAGUAUGGAAGCUCUUAGAAGCACUCAACGUGGCACCAUAUAUAGGCAGGAGUUGGCCA